UGAUCUCUAUGGCAACUACUUUUCUUAAUCUUUCCAAACCCUUGUUUUUGUUAUGUUUCUUGUUAUUUUGCUGUGCGGAUGACGAAAUGACCAAAAAGGACAUCGUCUGGUGGUGCCGUACAACUCCCCACCCUGAAACCUGCUCCUAUUUCAUGGGCCAGCAGGACCAGGGACCGGUUCCCAUCCCCAAGUCCAGAGAGGACUUCCGGACCAUGACUAUCCGAACCGCCCUGGACCGGGCCGUCGAGUCCCAGACCGAGUCGAACCGCCUCGCCGGAAACUGCCGCAGCAAGCGGAAGAGAAUCGUUUUCCGGGACUGCAACAGCCUCAUCGACAGCACCAUCGAUCAGCUCAACAGCACUCUGCAGAGCAUCCUCACCAACGCCACCUUCACCGUCGUCGACGCCCAGACGUGGCUGAGCUCCGCCCUCACCAACAUCCAAAUUUGCCGGCGAGGUUCCCUCGACCUCAACCUCACCAAAUUCACCUCCCCAAUUUUAUCGGCGAACGUGUCGGAGCUGAUCAGCAACUGCCUCGCCACCAACGGGGCUCUCCUCGACGCCGGAAACUCCUCGGUCGCCGGCGACGGCGACGGCGACGGCGACGGAUUCCCGAAUUGGUUGCCGCCGAGGGAGAGGAAGCUCCUGCAGGAUCAGUCCCUGGCGAGGGCGGCGAUUGCGGUGGUGUCGAAAACCGGUCGGGGGAAUUUCCGGUCGAUUCAGGCGGCGAUAAACUACGCGGUUUCCCGGCGCGUGGGGAACACCGGGAGAGUGGUGGUGUAUGUGAAGAAAGGUGUGUACAGAGAGAAUGUAUUAGUAAGCCGGACGAUGGGUAACGUCGUUCUCGUCGGCGACGGGAUGCGCUCCACCGUCAUCACCGCCGGCCGGAGCGUCAACGCCGGUUUCACCACUUAUAGCACCGCCACUUUCGGGGUUGACGGGAUCGGAUUCAUGGCACGGGGGAUUACGUUCCGGAACACGGCGGGGCCGCAAGGCGGGCAGGCGGUGGCGCUCCGGUCAGCCUCCGACCUGUCGGUGUUCUACGGGUGCGGAUUCGAGGGUUACCAGGACACGCUAUUCGUGCACGCCCAGCGCCAGUUCUUCAAAGCCUGCGUCAUCUACGGCACCAUCGACUUCAUCUUCGGCAACGCCGCCGUCGUCUUCCAGAACUGCAACAUCUACGUCCGCCGGCCGCUCCUCGGCCAGGGCAAUGUCAUCACCGCCCAGGGCAGGGGCGACCCGUUUCAGAAUACGGGUAUCUCUAUCCACAAGUCCCGGAUCAUGCCCGCGCCCGAUCUCAAACCCGUUCUCGCUUCCUUCAACACUUAUCUGGGUCGCCCCUGGCAGCAGUACUCCCGGACCGUCAUAAUGAAGAGUUUUAUCGACGGGUUCGUCAGCCGCGAUGGAUGGUCCAGAUGGGGGAAUUCUAAUUUUGCGCUCGCCACACUCUAUUACGGGGAGUAUCGGAAUUUUGGGCCGGGUGGAUCCACGAGAAGCCGGGUCAAGUGGCCCGGGUACCAUGUCAUAACAGAUCCGAAAGUGGCCUCCCGGUUUACCGUGGACAGUCUUAUAGCGGGUCGGGCGUGGCUACCCUCGUCUGGAGUUCCGUUUACAGCCGGGUUGUGAUGUCAAUAUACUUCCCAUUGAUUGGUUAAUUAAUUUUGUACAUUGUAUUGUUACGGAAAUUAAUUACUACAUAUUUAACCAUUGAAUAUUAGAAAAUCUAAAAACAGAGAAUAAAGAAUACGAGACCUUCGAAUUUAUGACGAUGGGUUGAAGGAUCUUU